AUGGACCCGAGUGCUACGUCACAACGGCAGUCUGCCUCGGAUCACCGCGACGCCUCCGCUUCUCCCAUAGCCGCCAUCUCCUCGCCCGGCAGACUACCGGACUUCUGGCCCAAUAAUGUCCGCCUUUGGUUUGCGCAAGCCGAGUCAGAGUUUGCACUCAAAGGUAUUCGCUCCGAAUCGACGAAGUACCACAUGACCAUACGGGCCCUUUCGGAGCGAGACAUAAGCGAAGUUGCCGACAUAGUGGCCAACCCACCGACUGAUACUCCUUACCAAUACCUCAAGCAGGAGCUGCUACAGCGACUCCAAGCAAGCACGACACAGCGCCAUCAGCGGCUGCUCUCAACAGAAGAGCUAGGCGACGACAAACCAUCUCAGCUCCUGCGUCGAUUGAAAGCGCUCCCUGCGGACAAGGCAAGCUCGUUCGACGAAGACUGCUUGCGGGAAUUGUUCCUUCAACGCCUGCCGCGCUCCGCGCGCAGCCUGCUCACGGUGUCCCAGACCACGUCACUCACGGAGCUCGCAGCGUUGGCCGACCAACUCACGGAAGACAUGUCCCCAUCCGUGGCGGCUGUUCACUCGUCUCACACCCACCACGCCCAGCCCGACCGAUUGUCGGCUACAGGCGUUGGAGAAGUCGCUUGA